CACACAAACGCACCUAUGACAGUGUAUAUGACCCGCCCCUUCUCAUGUUCUGAGCUGAUGCAACAACAGUAACAGUGAGCCGCUCGGACUGGAACCAGCAUCUCAACAGGAGACUGACAGCCCAGCACGGACCUUCCCGCUCGGAGCCUACGUGUCAUGAUGGAAGAAGUCCUGGCUCCUCUGAGAGAAGCUGUGAGGCAACAGGGCGAGGUGGUGCGGCAGAUGAAAGAGCAAGGAGCCGCCGAGCAGGCCGUCAAUCAGGCGGUGGCCGAACUGAGAGCCCGCAAGAGGACCCUGGAGGCCAAGGAGCUUUCGUUGCAACCCAAAGAUGACGUAGUGGACAGGGCGAAGAUGGAGGACACAUUAAAGAGGAGAUUCUUCUACGAUCAGGCGUUUGCCAUCUAUGGAGGCGUGAGCGGCCUGUACGACUUCGGCCCUGUGGGUUGUGCCCUGAAGAACAACAUCCUGCAGGUGUGGAGACAGCACUUCAUCCAGGAGGAGCAGAUCCUGGAGAUCGACUGCACCAUGCUGACCCCGGAGCCCGUGCUCAAGACUUCAGGACAUGUAGACAAGUUCGCUGAUUACAUGGUGAAGGACGCCAAGACGGGCGAGUGUUUCCGUGCCGACCACCUCCUCAAAGCUCAUCUGAAAAAGCUCAUGUUGGCCGAAAAGUGCUCAGCUGAGACCUCAGAAGAGAUGGAGGACGUCAUAACACAGAUGGACAACUACUCCCAGCAGGACCUGGCCGCUCUCUUUGGGAAAUACAACGUCAGGUCUCCCUCAACAGGAAAUGACCUCACAGCGCCCACCUCCUUCAACCUCAUGUUCAAGACUUCCAUCGGUCCAGCAGGAAACAUGCCAGGCUAUCUGCGGCCUGAGACCGCUCAGGGAAUGUUCCUGAACUUCAAGCGCCUGCUGGAGUUCAACCAGGGCAAACUGCCUUUUGGCGCCGCCCAGAUUGGCAACUCCUUCAGGAACGAGAUUUCCCCUCGCUCCGGGCUCAUCCGAGUUCGAGAGUUCACCAUGGCCGAGAUAGAGCACUUUGUGGACCCCAUGGAGAAGGUCCACCCCAAGUUCUCCAACGUGGCCGACCUGAACAUCACGCUGUACUCCUCCAAGGCCCAGACCAGUGGGCAGUCCGCCCACAUCAUGAGGCUGGGAGAUGCGGUGGAGCAGGGGGUCAUCAACAACUCGGUCCUGGGCUACUUCAUCGGCAGGAUCUACCUGUACUUGACCAAAGUGGGUCUGUCCAAAGACAAGCUGCGCUUCCGCCAGCACAUGGACAACGAGAUGGCCCACUAUGCCUGUGACUGCUGGGACGCAGAGACCAAGACCUCCUACGGCUGGAUCGAGAUCGUGGGCUGUGCGGACCGCUCCUGCUACGACCUGACGUGCCACUCCAGAGCGACCAAGGUCCCUCUGGUGGCAGAGAAGAUCCUCAAGGAGCCAAAGACUGUGAGCGUCGUCCAGUUCGAACCCAACAAGGGUGCCAUCGGCAUGGCCUACAAGAGGGAUGCCAGGUCCAUCCUGGACUACCUCGCUGCCUGUGACGAAGGCUACAUCACCGCUCAGGAAAGCACACUGGACACCAGCGGAGAGUUCACCAUCCAGACCGAGGGGAAGGCCUUCAAGAUCACCAAGGACAUGGCUUCUGUCAAGAGGUUCCAGAAGACCUCCCAUGUGGAAGAGAUUGUUCCCAACGUCAUCGAGCCCUCCUUUGGCAUUGGCAGAAUCAUGUACGCAAUAUUCGAGCACUCCUUCCGAACCAGGGAGGGGGACGAGCAGAGGACGUUCUUCAGCUUCCCUGCAACAGUGGCUCCCUACAAAUGUUCCGUCCUUCCUCUGAGCCAGAACCAGGAGUUUGUUCCUUUCGUCAAAGAGCUGUCGGAGGCCAUGACCGAACAGGGCGUGUCCCACAAGGUGGACGACUCCUCCGGGUCCAUCGGCCGGCGCUACGCCCGCACCGACGAGAUCGGCGUGGCCUUCGGCAUCACCGUGGACUUUGACACCGUGAACAAGACGCCCCACACCGCCACGCUGCGGGACCGCGACUCUAUGACCCAGAUCAGGGCCCAGGUGACGGAGCUGCCAGGCCUGGUGAGAGACCUGGCCAACGGCCGGCUGACCUGGGCCGAGGUGGAGAGAAAGUACCCCGUCUUCGGAGGUCAAGAGACCAUAAAGAAGGAGUAAACAUAUAUGUCGGCAUGCUGCAAGCUUCAUUCUUAAGAAGGAGGGGUUUCUAUGGAAGCCACUGUAUUCUACAGCUUUUAAAAAUCUAAACGUUAUGGAAGAGAUUUGCAUAUAUUUUAUCCCUCAUGAAAAAUUGUAGUUAAAUUUAGUAUCAAUAAAGAUGUGUUUGUAUUAUUAGUUA